CCUGUUGAACUCACCUGUUAGGUUUCCUUGCUCAUUGCCCAGAUGGUGGUAGGGUUAUUAGAGACAGGAAACCGUGUCGAAGAGAGACGUGCCAACCCGGACAAUAGAUAAGCAGGACAUUCAGAACUGGACUGUGCAAUUGUUAAGGGUUGGAAUGAUAUGUACCAGCAUGGAGCCUGCCCAAAGUUGUACUGUAUGUAGCAGUGAAAGGCCAAAGUACAGAUGUCCAAUCUGCAGACUGAUGUACUGCUGCUCCAGCUGCUGUCAGGCCCACAAGUUGGCGUGUGUGGCUCCAGAGGCUGCCAAGAGCGGCCAGCCAGCCGAGAAGAGGGAGCAGCGUGUGCUCUGGGAUGAGUCCUCGGACCAGGUGGUCUCUGCACAGGCUCUCAGCUGGCUCAGCGAGUCGCGGCGGCUGCGGCAGCUACUGAACAACCCUCACCUGCGGGAGCUGGUCCAACAGGCGGACACCACGCCGCACCCCGACGACGACCUGCGCCGGCUCAUGGUUGAGCCGCUGUUUGUCGAGUUCGCCGACGAGUGUCUGCGUGUUGUAGAGGGUCGGCCCGAACCCAUGGAGGAGAGCGACUGACAGAACGGUGUGAGUGGAGAUGGAAGGGACGGGUACGAUCUGACGGCGCGAAGACGAGCAUCAGGUACGAUGACGGGUUAUGAUAUGGUUGUGGGGACUUCCAGCCUUAAGAUGUGUCAAAACCGUCGAAUACAUUGAACUCUUUGUCGAAA